AUGGCAUGCAACGAGAAUAUAAUAAAGAACGUGGCUACAGAAGUAACGAGGAAUUGUCAAACGCAAAAUGUUAACGUCGAAAUCGAGUUCGUUGGUUUCCUAAUAGACCUGUUACUUCUGAACCCUAAGUACGGAAAGCAAUUCGCCAAAAAUCUAAAUAGAAAAAAGCUGGAAUACUUCGUGAACGAAUGCGUGACAAUGCUCAUUAGUGGCGAACCAUGUCUUAAUACAUUGAAAAUGCAAUUUGUAAUGAUAAUGAAUUACGACAAGUUGCCAGUAUUAUUAACAAAACAGCAAGCCCACGUAGAAACUAUUUUAAAACCAUUAGUCGACGAGAUCAUUGAUGCAGAUCCUGAUGAUGACGAUGAUGACGCAGCUUUCAAGAGAUUGUAUAGGAAAAUUUGUAUAUACAUUUCGAUGGCGAGUGGAUUGGGCGCCCCUUCUGUGGUGGUUAAUUUAAAAGAGGCGAUGGCAGCAUUAGAAAGUGUUUACGAUUUCGAAGAAUUAUACUUAUUUGUAACGUUACCACGGUCAGACAAAGCGGAGAAAUUGCAACAGCUGCUGGAAUUAGUGUCUGGUGUGAGGCUGUACAAUAGAGACUGCAAAUUGGGCGGCGAGAUGAUUCCUGAUCUUCCAAUGGACCUCGUCGACGCUAGCAAAGCCAGUCUCGCAACAUUAAGCAAUUCCCUGAUGGGUGUGAUGCAACGCGUUAACACACUAACAACUGCAAUUGAUGAUCGAAUUGUCAUCGAAGAUGAGACAGGGAAUAUUAUAGUCUCUAUACCUAAGGACAGUGAUUUGACUGAAGAUAAUUACAAGCAAAUAUUUGAGCUGCUCAUCUUCAAUCGACAAUAUGAAAUGUACACAAGACGUCUUUUAUUUGAUGUGGAGGUAUUAGUGCACGAAAGUAUAAAUUUACAAUCCGAAGUGAAGCAAGUGUUGGAUAAUAUACAGGCUACUUGUAGGUUUAAAAGUGCAGUGCCUAUUGCAAGUGUAUUUCCUUUAUUUACGAGACUCUGGGAAGUUUGGGAGUCGAUGCAAAAUACUAUGUUUCUGGUGUCUACGAUUACCAGAUUGACAAACAUACUUGGGAGUAUUCAAGACCACAUGAGAAUUCCGCUCAAUAUAGUGGAUGCUAUGCUUCAAGGAAAGAAAAUAAUUGGCGAUGAGGAGAGACUCAGCAGCAUUAGUAGCGCUGAAGAAACAUCUAUAGUUAAUUUGCGGGCUAUAACAACAAUAAAAUCUGAAAGCCUUCUUACCGUUGUUCAUAUGGCAAAACACGUGCAGUACCUGGGCUUUUGCGUGGUGUGUUUGUGUCAAGGAGCUUUGAUACCCUGCAAUCUCAAACUGGGUAUGAUGAAACAUAAUGGAAAUGCGUAUGGGUUUUGCUCCUACAAGAUGGCGGCACGAUUUGCUAAGGAUCCACAGAGGUACAUCAAUGAAGUACUUAAUUUUGCGAGAAACAACCCGCAAAUUAUAAUUUUGCUCAAUUUAAGACACGAUGUUGAAAGCGUUAGAGAGAUAGAUGAACUAGUCGUUCGCUCUGCACCAAAAGUCAAGAACUUUGACAAGAAUAUCCAGACAGAGGUGCACUUAUACGAGAAAAACAUUGACAGAAAUUACAUUUGGGAUCUCUGGGAAUACAAGAAGAGAGCUUGCAAAUGGGCAGACGUUACAAAUUGCAAAACGCAUUCCACUCAAACCAAUCACAGUCAUAUGCGUUCGGAACACCAUUGUCAGACAGUGGAACCAAGGGAUAAAUGCCAUCAAACUAAUCGCGAAGUGGGCGUCAUGACAAAUAUGUGUAACUUCUUCUAUUGGGGUCUUAGAGGACAGAGAGGUUAUGGCCAGCAUUCUUUGGACUUGGAACAACCUCAUUUAGCAAAGAAAUUAAAACCCCUUUUAGUGGAGGAAUGCAGUUGGCCCUGUUUCGGCGAACUGGCAGAUUUAAAAUCAAGUUCAUAUAAAGGGUCAGAUGACGGGCAGCCCUUUUUCUAUCCUGGCAGUUUCAAAAAAGAGGAUAUGAGCAAAUUAGCGGUGGCGCCCCGUAAAAGAAGGGGACAUGCUAUAGACCGUACAGAAGAAUCAAUCAACACAACCAAGACCGUCGUCAUAGCACAUGCAAACUUCAACAUGCAAUAUACGCCCCCCGGUAAAACAAGUGCGCCUAAUUGCGCAACCCCUGGAUCAAAACUUAAAUCCGUCAGUACUACACAUGAACCCAAUGAAUGUCCACAUGUGUCUACUGGAACAUUACUUGAGUCCUUCGACACAAGAGAUACAUCUAUUUACUCAUCAAAUGCUAUUUCCCGGACGUAUUCAUCAAGUGCAGCUCAGGCGGCCUUUUCCAAACCAUGUUUAGCAACCGGUACAGCCCAAGCUUUAAUUACUAAAUUAAAUUCGUCCGCAGGUACUGUACAAGAAUCUGUCGGCACAUUACAUACAUUAACGGGUAGACCCAAUGAGUUUGUCAUCAAAUCACAUGUAGCCUCUAGUACAGAACAAGCAUCCUUCACCAAAUCACACGCAUCCGUAGAUACAGCGCUAAUACCCACCAGUGAAUUACAUUUGUCCCCCACUAAUAAAUCAUAUGUAUCCGCAACUGCAGCACCAGCAGUCAUCGCCAGAUCCCAUUUAUCUCCCAGUACAGCACAACCGUCUGUCGCUAAAUCACUUCUAUCGGCAGCUACAGCACCAGCAGCCAUAAGCAAAUCACAUGUGUCCGCCGGUACAGUACAAGCACCCACCACCAAAUCACAUUUAUCUCCCAGCUCAGCACAAGCAUCCGUCGCUAAAUCACAUGUAUCGGUAGCUACAGCACCAGCAGCCAAAAGCAAAUCAGAUUUAUCCGUCAGCAUAGCACAAGCAUCCAUCGCUAAACCACAUAUAUCCGCAACUACAGCGCCAGCAGGCAUCGCCCAAUCACAUUUAACUCCCAGCACAGCACAACUGUCCGCCUCCAAAUCACAUGUAUCGGCAGUAAUAGCACCAGCAGCCACAAGUAAAUCACAUUUAUCCCCCAGCACAACACAGGCAUCACUUUUCAAAUCACAUGUUUCGGCAACUACAGCACCAGCAGCCAUAAACAAAUCACAUGUAUCCAGCGAAACAGCACAAACAUCCAUGGACAUAUUAAAUUCAUCAACCGGCACAUCAAAAGUGGCCAAAUUACAUUCAUCCGCCGGUACAGAUCGAGGAUCCAUGGACACGUGGCAUACAUCAACCGACUCUUCCCAUGCGUAUACCGUCACAACACUAUAUGUGCCCGUCGAUUCAUCGCCGACAUCUGCCGGGAUGCUUACACUUACCGCCACACCAAAUGUACCAAAUGUAAUGGCACAACAUUUACGUCCACCCGCACAGCAUAUUAGUGACGCGAGUAAUUCUAUUUGAUUUUUUAUAUUUUCCUCCUCCUCCUCCAUCGGUCCCGCACUACUAAGGAUCGUGACUUUAAGUAAGUAUACCGUCAACCAAUCUUCACCACUGCUCUCUGGCUUCAUCUAGGUGGAGUGCGACGUUCGCUACCUGGUUACACCAUCGUUUCGAACUGCGUCCUCUAGGUCGUUUGCACUUUCUUUUGCCCGUAAAAAUUAUUAUUAUUUCAAGAUUAUCAGCGCUUCUGUGCUGUGGCCAAAGAAUUGAAGAAUGCGAAGCAAACAGACAGAGGAUAAGCGUUGUUGAUUUUUCAGCUACAACUCCUCAAGCACGGAUACGUUCAUGUUAUGUGCUGUCCAGGGAAUCCUUAGUCGGCGAUGCCAAUACCACAUCUCAAACGCGUCAAUUCUUUCUCUGUCAGCGACAUUAAGUGGCCAGGCUUCCGCGCCUUAUAAACAUAAUGGAGAAGACUAGCGUGCGAACAAUGUGUAUCUUUGUUCUAUUGUGAAUGUUUCUGUCCUUCCAUAUCUUUGUUAGUUGUGUCAUGGCAGUUUUUGCCAUAUCAACGCGUCGGCGUAUUUCAGGUUCACUUUUUCCUCUGUUACUGAUCACUGACCCAAGACAAGAACUCAUGUACGGUCUGAUAUUCUUUUAGUGCAUCUGAACGUUGAAUGGAAGUGAAGCGGUCUACGAUCAUCAGUUUGGUUUUCUUUUUAUUAAUUAGUUGGUAGCCCUAGCUCUUCAUUUUUUAUUUAUUUAUUUGCCGGCACGAAUUAGUGGGCACAUGAGACUAGAAAAAGAGCGACUUCGAGUCAUAAUAAUUUAAAUCCAGUUGGAUUAAUUGACCCUUACACAUUUUCAUUUAUAUUUUAAUGUUACAGAAUUCCUUAAUGUUCAUUAAUUUA